AUGGCUGAAGCAGAAACACAACCACGUCGACUGUCGGCGGAUAACCAAUCAGUUUCGAAAGCCGAUGUUUCUAUGAAGGAACGCUUCUUCCGCUACUUCCAGCAUGAGAUCACCGAUUUGCAGCAGGAGAUGGAUCGGCUUGCAGAUACGUCUCUCGUGGGUGGUGAACGUGCCGAUGCAACAGACCACUGCCUUGCCGGGAUCGUACGGUUAUCCAAUGAGGUCAAGGAUGCAGCGAGCUAUAUCCCCACUUAUGAUCAGAGGGUGUACGCAGAGGCAAUCAAGGCUUUGCAGGAUCGAUUGAGCGAAAUACGUGCAACAUUCGAGCCCCGAUCCAAGUUUAGCUUCAAGAACAAGAAAAACACCUCUGCUGUAUCUUUGUCUGAUGCUGCCGUGCUGGCAGUUGAAGGACGGCUUAGCAUCCCUGGGUACCACUCUCCAGGUGCCUCGUCUAUUGACUCGUCCGCCAACCACACACCCAACUAUCCUUCCACCCCACUGAACGAGCCAGACAAGCAGCAACAAGAGCGACCGGAGCUUGCGCCCACUUCAUUCCCAGGUGGCCCGGUCGGGGACUUUAGCACAAAUUCCCAGUCGGAGAAUCCUCCCCCUGGUGCGUUUGCGGCCACCGGCGUAUCCUCUGUGUCGGUCGAUGACCAUUAUGGCCUUCAUAUUAUGCUUCCGGCCUCUGGGUCGUCACCCACAGUCCCGGUAUCAAUCACCUCCUUGAAUCGCUGCAUCGUGGAUAUGUCCAUUCCUACCGCCAACGGAAAGCCAUACGCCAGUCUGACUGCCAAAGGGAUCAAAGAAAGCUUAUUGAUCUGUGGUCAAGUCAAUGGCCCCGCACACAUCACCGGUGUUAAGAAUAGCGUGAUCGUGAUCUCAUGUCGCCAGUUCCGCAUGCACGACUGCAGCGACGUUGAUGUCUAUCUCAGCUGUUCUAGCAACCCCAUCAUCGAGGACUGUUCCAAUAUUCGGUUUGGUCGGAUCCCGAAGGCCUAUGCUUUGAGGCAUGACCGUCCCGAUCACGAAGACCGUUGGAGCCAGGUCGAAGAUUUCAAAUGGAUUAAGCAGGAGCCUAGUCCAAACUGGAGGCUGCUCGACCCCAACGAUGCCGUUCCUGAAGAGGUCUGGGCAGAGAUUGUUCCCGGCGGGCCGGGAUGGUCUCUUGAGGACAUCUUGCAUGCCAUUAAUGUAGUCCCAAACUAG